UUCCGGGUCACCACGAUCCAUCGAGAAUACUGGGUCAGAUAACCUUCACCAUCCCACCAUCGACUCGCGUCCUUGCGCACCUCGACUCCGCACCUCGAUCAAUCCGAGGCCCCCACGUCUUGCCGCACCUCGACCAUCCAAUGGUGCUUCUGGCUCUUCUCAAGGAGCUUCACUCUGCACAUGAGUUGUACCGCAAGUCUUACCAGUUGUCACAACAAGUGACUAAAGAGGAUUACCCCCCUAGCCGUCUCGAGGAGAAGAGGCUUUUAAAGCGCCACGAGGAAUUAGAUUGGUCUUUCCGCCCUGAUUACUGCGAAAUUGCUGACCUGGAGGACUACCAACGGCUCGUCCCUCGAAAUUAUGGUGGUUAUGAGUAUGUAAAAUGGGAUGAGUACCACACGGAUUUUCAUAGCUAUGAGAUUGAACAAGAAUAUAUCAAAUAUUGUGAAAAAAUGUCAAAGGAACUUAAGUGGAUGGAAGCUUAUGUGCCAAACAAGUCUCCAUCUCUCAAGUGGGGAAGAAUUGUGACAAGAGGAACUUACCAAGCAAUCAAGAUCGCUACUGGCUUCUCCAAGAUAACUCCUGAUUUAGCCUUUUCUGGCUUCUACGAGUGGUUAGAUAGCAUGACAUUUGAUGUUUGUUACUGCAACGAGUUCGAUGGUGUCUACUACGAGAUUUGGCAGCGGUACACCAAUGAGAAGAAAUUCGGAGAUGCUUUGGAUGAAGUCUAUAAACUUAAUAGGUUCCCGUUACGCCAAGACAUAAUGAGAUGUGCACUGGAGGAUGACAAGUUCUGCUCCGACUUCGAAGAGGAGUUUUUUGCUUGCACAACUUGCCUCAAAGAAUUUACAGAGGAUAAAGCCAAUGUUACAGAGGAAAAAGCCAGGGAGUUGAUUACAGAGGCACUUAGAAAGGAGAAACCAAAGUUCUAUGAGGAGUAUUGUAGAAAGAAGAUCAACAUUGCCCGAGCCAUUGGGUUAGUGUCAAGUUAGAUAUACAACGGGGCUUAUAGCGUCAUGCAUAAGAAUAAGAUUCCAGCAUUUAUUUGUGAGAUCUCCCUAUACACAAGUGAAUGCUUUACUUUUUGAUUCUAACCUGCUAAUUUGUGCAUGCAAAUUGCUUAUAUCGUGAUGCGGCAUAAUAAGAUGACAGCAAUCAUUUUCAGAUUUUCCUAUACACAAGUGAAUGCAAAUUAAUUUACUAUGUGUAGAGAUUUCGUUGUAUUAAACUAUUAUUAAUACUCCCUCCGUUCCUUUCUAUAGUGUCUAUAGUUUUUUGGCACGGAAAUUAGCGUGAGAGUAUACACAAGACCCCUUGGCUGAACGAUUUGAAAUCAGACUAAAAUUAGAGAAAUCGAUAACUUCCUAACUUACCGUAACAAAUCCCACAAAUCUGUCUGAUUGACUCUCCAUAUAUGUGCAGUCAGGUUUAAUUAAGGAAAGAAAAAUAUUGCUUUCUAAAUCUAAACAAUCCUUGAGGCCAUGCAUUAGGAAUCUCAAUUAAUUGUUUCCUAUUUUGUAUGAAUUUUUUUUCAUGCAUGUCAUAUGGGAGUUAACCGGUGAAGGGGGUAAUUGAAAAAAACCAAGCUACAACCUUAUAUUGUGAAAUAAAUGCCAAAAAUCUAUAAGCACUACAGAAUGAAACGGAGGGAGUAUUAUUUUCGAGUUUGGAUAUAAGAGUA